AUGUUUUCUCCAACAUGGAAAGACACUGUCUCAUUGUGUCCACUAGAGGACUCAGUUGAGAAAAUUAUUGGCGAAACAUGUACAGCAGCAACUCCAUGUUCAGCAAAAAAUUCCCAGUGCACAGGAUUAUGUACUUGCAAAACUGGUUAUUUCACAAAAGGAAACUUUUGUCUGAAGAGAUAUCUCGGUGAGACUUGUGAAACAGAUUCCCAUUGCUCUCAAAUUACUGAUGGUGAAUGUAGUAAUGAUUUUUGUUCGUGUCCAUUAGGAUUCUUCAAGACGGCAAACGGUCAAGCAGGCAGAUGUACAAAAGAGAGACAUUUAGACGAGAGUUGUGAAAACGAUUUCCAUUGUAGAGAACAAAACAGUGAAUGUAGGGGCACCAUAUGUUUGUGUAAGAGUGGAUACUAUCAGACCGCCAUCGGACCUUCAGGCACUUGUAUUAAAAGACAUUUGGGUCAAAGUUGUGAUGCAAAUUCUCAAUGUAAAGAAUAUAAUAGUGAAUGUAGUGAUAAUAAAUGUUCAUGUAAGUUCGAUUACUUUCAAACCGGGACCGGGUCCGCUGGAACAUGUACGAAGCAAAAAAUAGGAGAAGCGUGUUCAGACUCCAAUCAGUGUUCAGCUGCCAAUACAGAAUGCAAUGUCAUUAGAGUGUGCCAAUGUCAAUAUGGGUAUUAUGAUACAAAUGGUCCAGAACCCGGUGGAUCCUGUGCUUUAAAGGUUUCUGUUGGUGAAAAAUGCCCACAGCCAACAGCAUCCGUUCAAAACAUAGCUACCUGCUUCGACAAUAAUACAAUAUGUAUGCCAGAUGGUAAUUUUUAUACAUGCCAAUGUGUUGGUACUUACUACGACAACCGAAAUAAUAAGAGCAGGCGAUGUAUCUUAAGAUUAGCUCUUGGAGAAACAUGCAACAAACCAGUUUACAACAAAGACCAAUGUUUAGAUUCAAGUGCUUCAUGUAUUUAUGACAGUAUGAAUGAUGUUCAAAAGU